CGGAGGCCGGCCCGGGCUGGAGAGGAGAGGCGAGAGCCGAGGCAAGCCCGAGCCCCCGCAGCCAGAGAGGCACCGCGGCGCCCUCCGCCUGAGGAGAAGGCAGAGCCGGCCGGCCGGCCAGGGAGAGUCCGCGCGGCCGCCUCGCCUCGCCUCAGGGACGGGGAGCCGAGCGCUGAGGGCGCGCGCCGGAGCGCACGGCGAGGGCGAAGGGAGCGCAGAGGGGACCGGCGGGAGGCGGCGGCGGCGGCGCAGGGCGGGCGGCCGCCUCCUCUCUUCCCCUCCCUCCCUCCCUCCCUCCCUCCGUCUUGCCAGGCGAUGCCCGAGCUGGGAGGCGGCGGCGGAGGGCAGCGCAGCGGCCGCUGAAAGAAGGAGUCCGGGCUGGAGAGCGCCCGGGUCGGGGCAGGCGCAGCCGCCGCCGCCGCUCCUCCUCCCGGCUGGCGCUCGGCUUCUCCCCUCCUCCCCGCCCCGCUUCGUUUCGCUGCAAGUGGGUGGAGAGAUCGCCGGGGGAAGAACUUUUGAUCGCCCCCCCCUCCUCCCGCCCCGACGCUGAAAAACUCUCGGGGAGAGAACGAGGGAGGAAGAAAGAGGCGAGCGAGCCGAGGAGGAGAGGAAGAUCAAAGCGCUUGGGGGGAAAGGGCCGAGGACGAGGAGGAGGAGAAGAAGAAGGGCUGCAGAGAGCUGGUGGGGCGCCUGGAGCUCGCCUGAGAAGAAGCCCGAGGGGAAAGGGGAUCUUUGGAUACGGUUGAUCGUUACGUGGAUUUUUUUUGGGAUUCCCCCCCUUUGCUUUCCUCCUCCUCCAGACACAGAUUGCUUUUUUUUUUUGUCUCCUUCGGCUCGCCUGCCCUUUCCCACGCCGCCGUCAGGUUGUCCCGAUCGCAUCCUCCCCCUCCCUCCUCCCUCUCUGCACCUCUCCUUUUGGUUGGAUUAACACCUCUCGGGGAGCGCUUCAGCCUCGGGGAGCCCGUGCGCCUCUGCAGCAAAGGAGGGGGGGGGAAGGUCGGGGUGGAAGAAAUUCCUCGGUGACAAUUUUGCUAUUUAUCAAGGUGGGGGGGAAAAACACCCCGGCCUCUACCGCUCCAAGAAGCUCACCUCGACUGGUGCUUUCAAGGAAGGGCAUGUUUUCUCUUGCCAGUUUCUGACACCCGCCUUUAAAAAAAGAAUCGCCAUCUGCCCUUUCUCCAUCCCGUGCAAAACUUCCUUUAAACUGUAAGGAUUUUUUUUUGGGCCUCCCCCCUGUCUUCUUGGAUUUUGAAGGAUUUCUUUUUCGGCCGAGCCGGGAAGGGUGGGAGGAUUCGAACCCCGGCCUCGCCAGGGUCCGGCGGCGCAUGCUGCAGCCGGCUGUGGCUGGUGCACCACCCAAAGCAGCAGCAGCCCCGCGGCCGCCGCCCGCCGCCCCCCUGCCGUGCUCCCGCUUCUUCCCCAUCAUUUCGGGCUGCUUCUCCUGGCUGCCUGGACUCGGCUCCCGGAUUCUUCAUGAGUGGCGGACGACAUGCCCGUUUUUUAGCCGGGGAACCUUCCUCUCGUCCCGCAUGUUCAGGACCAAACGCUCGGGGCUCGUCCGAAGACUCUGGCGGAGCCGCGCGCCCGGCGGGGAAGAAGGAGGCGGCGAGCCGGGCGACGGCGCGGCGGACGGCCGGGCGCAUGGGGCUGGCGGCGGCGGCGGCGGCGGGAGCCGGGGCUGCUGCAUGGGCAAGUCGGGCAAGCUGGCCAAGGCGCACCUGGGCUCGGAGGCGGAAUUGAAGGCGCUGACCCACUCGGUGCUGAAGCGGCUGAAGGAGAAGCACCUGGAGGGCCUCUUGCAAGCCGUGGAGACCAAAGGGGGCGCCCGCACCGCCUGCCUGCUGGUGCCCGGCAAGGUGGACUCCAAGCUGGGCCCGCACUGGUACUCCCUCCCGCUGCUGCUCUGCAAAGUCUUUCGCUGGCCCGACCUCAGGCACUGCUCGGAAGUCAAGCGGCUCUGGUGCUGUGAAUCCUAUGGGAAAACCCACCCGGACCUGGUCUGCUGCAACCCCUACCACCUCAGCAGGCUCUGUGAACUAGAGUCUCCCCCUCCUCCUUACACCAGAUACCCAAUGGAUUUUCUCAAACCAACUGCAAGUUGCCCAGACUCGGUGCCUUCCUCCACUGAGACAGGGGGAACAAAUUAUCUGGCCCCCGGGGGGCUUUCAGAUUCCCAAGUUCUUCAAGAGCCAGGGGAUCCGUCACACUGGUGCGUGGUGGCAUACUGGGAAGAAAAGACACGUGUGGGUCGGCUAUAUUCUGUCCAAGAGCCCUCCCUGGAUAUCUUCUAUGAUCUACCUCAGGGGAACGGCUUCUGCCUCGGACAGCUCAACUCGGACAAUAAGAGCCAGCUGGUUCAAAAAGUCCGCAGCAAGAUUGGCUACGGCAUCCAGCUGACCAAGGAAGUCGAUGGGGUGUGGGUUUAUAACCGCAGCAGUUACCCCAUUUUCAUCAAGUCGGCCACACUGGACAACCCUGACUCCAGGACGUUAUUGGUUCAUAAAGUGUUCCCAGGCUUUUCCAUCAAAGCGUUCGAUUACGAGAAAGCGUACAGCUUGCAGAGGCCCAACGACCACGAGUUUAUGCAGCAGCCGUGGACUGGCUUCACCGUUCAGAUCAGUUUUGUGAAAGGUUGGGGCCAGUGCUAUACGAGACAGUUCAUCAGCAGUUGCCCGUGUUGGUUGGAGGUUAUUUUUAAUAAUCGAUGACUUGAGACUCUAGAUCGGACUCAGCAAUGACAUUUUAUAACUACUUUGCUGCUAAAUAUCUCCUUCUGAGUGCUUGCUUUUUCAUGCAAACUUUUUUUGUUUGUUUGUUUCUGUUUUGAGAAAUAGCUUAUGGAAAGAUUUCUCUCUCUUUUUUAUUUGGCUUCGGUAUUUUGAUAAGUUUUUUUUUUAACUUUUAAAAAGUGUGAACGACCAAUAACUCAGAAGGGGAAAAGAAGGCACCUGGGGGAGGGGGGAAUGGAUGAGCGUUUGUUUGAACGUGUGUCGUUAGCGAUUGUUUUGUACCCUUUAAAUUAUUGUCCAAACCAGGAGGAUAGAAUUGGACGCAACUUGGGUUUUUGCAUAGCGCCCUCUUUUGAAUACAAAGCAUUUUCUGUUUGUUUGUUUUUUAAAAAAAAAAUUCUGCACGCGCGUGCGCACGCACACACACAGCUCCGGGGCCUGUGCGCCCUCCAUUGGAUCCACAUAAUUUUUGUGCACUUGGGCCACCCUUUUGAGCAUUGUGGAGGGAACAGAUCUUGAGGGUAUCGUGUUUUCUCCGUUGAAACGAACGAAGAAGCCACUGAACACGGUGGAGCUCCGUACGUACUUUGGCGCUCUCGUGGCUUGCAAGAAGUUUGCAGGGUAACUUUGAUUUCAUUCAACGUAUGAGCUAACACCAGGUUCUUGCAAACUUGGUGCUAAAUCAUUCUUACGAGUUCGCUGUGUCACCGACCCCUCACACCACUCCAUCCUACUGUGUCAUUUGCCUUACAGUGAAUCAUUCCAGCUGUUGUUCUUUGCAAAUACACCAGUUCCUUUGCUGGUAGGAAGGAAGCUGACCCUUGGGGUGGUGAAUUCCCCGUAUGGUCACUGGCAUAGAGUGAAUGUACGCAACAUGUAUUCAAACACACAGGGAUAGCUGGGGGGGGGGGGGCAAAUGCAGCAGAGCACACCCCCCUUUUACCAAUAACUUGUUUAUUUUUCCAUCUCUGUUCCUCUUUCCAAGUCACCCCAGCCACUGCACAGACCUCUUGCUUCUACACUUUUGUUUGUGUCAGCUUGGAAGAAAAAAGGCUCACACGCAAAAGGACGUGUGAGGUGGAUAGAGCACGCCUGCGUUUCUCUCAUGCUUUGUGAUCAUCCAUGCUGCCAAGAAAACUGUAAGGGUGCAUGGCCGACACUUUUCAGAUUGAUCUGAGAUGCGGACUUAUUUUUCUUCUGUUUUUUCCCCAAAGGACGAAAAGGAUUUUCAGUAUUUAUCUCCUUGCAGCCUGGCCUGUUCAGGUUUACGAUAGUACUGUUUGCAUCCAGAAAUUGCAGUCAGUUCAUUUCUUUCUUCUUGAAUUCAUACACUUAGUAUGAUGAUUUUACACUGUUCUUAGCUCAAUGAGCAUGUUUCGACCUUAACAUAAGCUAUUUUUCUAAAUAUAAAAGGUUUAAGUGAACAAGAGAAGCAUUCUCUUUGGAAUUUUAGCAUUGAAGUGCUUUCGAAAGUAAAACAGCAACAAAAAGAGACUCCUGAAAAAAAAAUCCUGAGAUUUAUUAAAGAAAAAAAUUGUAUUUUAUGUUAUAUAUAAAUAUAUUAUUACUUGUAAAUAUAAAGACGUUUUAUAAGCAUCAUUAUUUAUGUAUUGUGCAAUGUGUAUAAACAAGAAAAAAUAAGAAAAAGAUGCACUUUGCUUUAAUAUAAAUGCAAAUAAC